AUGGCAAUCUUGUUCCUAUACUUCCUAUUCACUUUAAAACUUGACCAAAAAAUCUAUUCUCGUCGGAUAACGAUUGGAAAAUACGAUGGACAGAGGCCAUGUCUUACAGCAGCCACAACUGCAGGAAAGGUAUUUGUGCACAACCCUCACAGUAAAGCUACUGAAGGAGGCCGUGUUACGACAGUCAAUUCAGACAUUAGUCUACUGAAUAUUAACCAACAAAUCUCUGCGGUAUGUGCUGGUCAACUGGGUGGAUACGAGAAUGAUAUUCUGGUCGUCGGCACUCCUACCAAUCUUUUGGCUUAUAAUGUUCAAAAUAAUUCGGAUGUUUUUUAUAAAGAUGUUCCUGAUGGUGUGAAUGUUUUGACAAUUGGUGAGCUAGGCAACACUGGCACGCCACUGGCAAUAGCUGGUGGAAAUUGUUCUUUGCAAGGUUUUGAUUUUGAGGGAAAUGAUCUUUUCUGGACAGUUACUGGUGAUAAUGUUAGUUCGUUGGCACUUUGUGACUAUACUGGGGAUGGUCAAAAUGAGCUAUUGGUUGGCUCGGAGGAUUUUGAUAUCCGCGUUUUCAAAGAGGAUGAGAUGAUUAAUGAAAUGACUGAAACAGAGGCAAUCAUAUCUCUUUGUACGCUUUAUGGAGGAAGAUUUGGAUACGCCUUGGCUAACGGAACAGUCGGAGUUUAUGAAAAAAACAACCGUCUCUGGCGUAUUAAGUCUAAGAAUCAAGCGGUCGCCUUGUGCAGUUAUGAUUUAAAUGGUGAUGGUAUCCCUGAACUUAUAACUGGAUGGAGCAACGGAAAGAUUGAUGCACGCAACGAAAAAACGGGCGAAGUUAUUUUCAAAGACAACCUGCCAACCUCUUUGGCUGGCAUUGUGAAAGGGGAUUACAGACUGGAUGGGAAAGAGGAGCUUAUCUGUUGUUCUGUUGAUGGCGAAGUGCGUGGCUACCUUCCAUCAGCUCCUCAAGCGAAAGGUAAUCUCAUGGGCGUAGAUCUUGCACAAGAAACGUUGAGAGAUUUGAAUCAAAAGAGACAAAAUUUGAUGCUGGAACUUAAGAACUAUGAGGAAAACCUAAAGGUCGGGCAAUCAAUGCAAUCAAGUGGCGGUGUAGACGUCGACCAAUCAAAACUGGGGAUUAUUCCCGCCAAUACUCAACUCCAAACCUCUCUUCACGUGAACCCGGGCUCAGAGCACGUGCAGCCCUCCGUAGAGUUAGCUAUAGCCACGAGUAACGAGAUGAUCAUACGAGCGGUUAUGUUGUUUGCUGAGGGAAUCUUUGAUGGGGAGUGUCACGUAGCUCAUCCACUACAAACGAACCUCAGUAAUAGCUUACAGAUUUCUAUCGUACCACCGAGAGACUAUCCCGUAGACUUACAUAUCAAAGCUUUUGUGGGAACAAAGACAAGUUCACAGUUUCACGUGUUUGAAAUCACCCGGCAACUUCCAAGAUUCGCGUUAUACACAUUACAUCCAGGAGAGGUUCUGGAGCCUUCGUCCAGUGUGGAGUUUCACAUCAACGAGCGAGUUAACAGGGUUGUUUUAUGGAUUAAUCAGAAUUUCCUUCUUUUGGAGGAAAUUGAGGCUGUUGAUGGUCGACUGAACGUUGCUUUUCAAUCUCUGCGAACUCACACCCCCCUGGUCAUUAGAAUGCAACAGAAUGGAGCAGUUAUCAUCAAGACCGACGAUAUGGAUCUUGCGGGUGAAGUUAUUCAAGCUAUGACAUCAUUUCUUAAGAUUGAGGAGUUACAGACAACUGCGGACUUUCCAAUUCAGAUGGAAGAACUCAGCAACAUUUUAGUCAAGGUCGAUGAACUACAUUCGGCAGGACAGAAAUUGACGGCGGAGAUGGCGGAUCAUUCUAAUCUUAUUCGUAGCCUCGUUGUCAGAGCCGAAGAUGCAAGACUCAUGGGUGACAUGAAAAAUAUGAGACGAGGCUACAUGGAACUCUAUGACCUGAAUCGUGAUCUUGUGAAUGGAUAUAAAAUUCGUUGCAACAACCACACUGAGUUAUUGAGUUGUCUAAAAAUGGUCAACCAAGUCAUACAACGAGCAGGGAAUCUGAGGGUUGGCAAGCACAAGGCAAACGUGAUUUCCUCAUGUCGUCAGGCAAUCAAGUCUAGCAAUAUGUCGUCUCUGUUUAAAAUCAUAAAGGCCGGAGCCCAGUAAACUGUGCUUAUUUUCAUUGAAGACUGAAGAUCCCGCGUACCUCGAUAAAGGAUGCAGUUACCAUGUUAACAAACUGUACAAUUUCUUCAAAGACCAAAGUGUCGGUGUACAUAUAGCUAUACAAGACUUUAUGAUAUACGAAUUUCUUUUUCUUAUCUUGUCAUGAUGGUCCUUCAAAGCUUAACAUCAGACGAAUACGAGAAUUAUCAUGCACCAUUA